AUGUCGCGAAUUUCGGAGAGAAUACGUCAGAUUUUAAGCUCUCGUGACAGUACGAAAGUGACUGACCAAAAGAAAUGUGUAACCCAACUGUUGGAUCUAUAUCAGAAUGAAGAUGCUCUUAAAGAGAUAUGUCAACAUACAGAACAAGGAACUUGUAAAUUUGUCAAUUGGUGUUAUAUUAUACAUACUGCUCAUAAGCUGGCUCUUAAUGAAGCUGAGAGACCUGGUAAGGAGACAGUUUCCAAAAGCAAUGAGAGACAAUCUAUCAGUAGACUAAUCAUCAAUACUGUACGGCAAUCUUAUGAGAAAUCUACCAAAUUUUUGAAAAGUAGUGAGAUAGUUCCUUUGAUACUGCAAAUAUUAGAUUCUGACCUAUAUAUACACUAUCAGGACACAUAUUUAGGAAUAUUGGUCAAAUAUAUAUUGCCUAAGAAUAUAAAACAUAGUGAUAUCACAGCAAAACAAUGGAGAGAAUUAUUUAUGGUUUGUGGAAAACUGUAUAAAAAGAUAUAUCUGAAGAAACAUAUUGUGUUGGAUGCGUUGCGGAUGAUUGUGGAGUAUUCUUUCUCACAUGCUAACUUGCUUCCUGAUGUAAAGAAUUCUCUGUUGUUUCUAGAGGACAUCCUGGAGGAUAUAAAAACAAAUAAUGAGCAGUUGAUUGAAUCUUUUUACAAACUUGCUAAUAGCAUAUGUAGACAAAUUGCAACAGAAUCCAGAAUUACAUUAUGCAAGUUUAGUGAGACUAUAUUAAUGGAUGUGAUACAUUUGAACAGCUCUGAAGAGAAAUAUAGAUUGCUGCUGAUUUUCAUGCAGAUUCAUCACCCAGAGGGUAUUUCCAAAUGCAAUGAUGGUGCUUAUGCUUACGAUUGGAGUAAAUGGAAGAAUUUACUGGGAAGUAUGUGCCUGCUCAUCCAAGAAAAUUGUAAAUUGGAUGUACAGUGGCGUGUUUUCAUCCAGUUUGCCAGUGAAGUUGUGAAACAGAUGAUAGACAAUGUGGGUAGUGUCGCUUUUUCCCCUGAUGCGAAUUAUAAUGAUUCGCAUUUUCAACCGACCAAACGUAGGCGAAUACUUAAGAAGAUAGACAAUAUUGUUGAGUUAAUAACGGAAAGUAGUCCCGAGGAAGUAUGGUCCUGGAUAAAAAUUUCAAUGGAAACUUUGAAGAAAUACCCACAGUGCUUAAAACUGCAGGAUCUCGCGCCUUUAUUGCAAUAUUUGACGGAGCUUGCUCAAUCCUUAUCACGAACAACCGAUGCAAUCGAGUCCGUUAUGGAUAACUUAUAUAGAUUAGCUGCUGUGCUUAUGGAAAAUGAAAUGUUUAUUGGAGAGAUACAGGAUGCUAUGCUACAUUGGAGCAAGAUUUGGGACAUGUUAUUAAGAUCUUUGGGGGCGAACCAGAAUGAAGAAUCGGGUCACGCGUUAGUUCGCUGUUUCAUAAAGCAUAACAAAAUGUCGAACGCAAAUGCCCUCCUCAGAUUAUAUCUGACUAAAGCGAUUCGCUGGUCACCGAAGAGCGUGCAUACAUUGCUGCUACUGUGCAAGCGCGUCUCGUUGCCGGAGGGUGCAUCUGCGUCAGUUCUUGAUCCGUCGCCUUCGUCAACGCCGGUUUGCGACAGAACUCGCCUGCUAGAAUGGUUAUUAAAUGCACCCUGGCAGAGGCUAGCAGGCCGAUUGCCCGUUGAUGAUAUUUGUGUUCUCUCUGUGAACCUCGUCUUGAGUUCUCGUUGUCGACAGAAUAUCAGGAUAGAUCUCAUACCGAACUGGGGAAACCCGAAAUGUCUGCAAAAUCAGGAAGAAGCAUGUAGAGCCAUGCCGGGGGACUUUCAUUUGACGGAUCUUUCACGACUUUGCUAUUCAUCUUUGGCUUUCAAAGCAGAGUUGGUAGCAUGUACGAAAAACAAACACGUUGAAGCAGAUUCCAGAACGAGUUCCGGCCCUAUCUCUUACGUGCAAGAGACACUCAGUUUCUUGAAGCAGCGAUUGAAUAAUUUUCUCCAAGAAGAAGGUUCCAAUGACGAGGUCUACGUCAUGCUGAUGAAGCUCGCCUUCUUAUCCAAAUUAUUAUCUAUUUUGAUACAAUUGGGCGUUUUGACAGAGGACAUCACUGAUUGCCCACUAAUUGAUACGCUGGAGAAAUAUCUAACGAACAGUUUAGCAGUCUUAGCAAAUGUCAAUUGCAAGUGCAAAUCCAUGUACUUACUGAACGUGAUUAAGGCGUUAAGCGUACUUUAUGGAGGCGCUUACGAUGCGAACAUCGCUAAGAUAAUCGUCUCGGCAUCUACAGUUGACGUGUUGAAGAAUAUAUUCGACUUGUUGAAUGUUAAUGACACCGACAUAACCGAUUAUCAACGUGGCUCUGAUUAUUAUGAGGAACCUGGCACGUACCACGAGAGACGUAGACGUUCUAAUUCGGAGAUCUCGUCGCCGUUGAUUUCGUUUGGCCUUCCUCGCGAGGGAAUGAUCCGCCUGCGAGUAAUCGAGGCUUUAACGUCUUUCUGCACGUUGCAUGUCGGUAAGGAUAGAUCCGCACUACAAACGAAGAUGAUGAAGUUGCUAUUCGCACAACAAGACUGCACGAGCCCCGUGGAACUUAGAAUGUCCUUGACAAUCUUGGAGUCGCUUGCCGGACAUAACCAGAGCGAUAUCCAGCAGGAAUACGCGGAUGCGCCGUUGGACUUUCUGCUGAAGGUCUGUCAGAAGAAUCCUAAAGAUGAGGAAUCGUUGCGCAGGCUACUGAACCUUCUGCCGUUCUUCUUUGAAUACGCGAUGAAGUAUCGUUACUCGCCGAGGAGGUUUAUCGAGACAUUGUCGACGUUCUACAAAUACAUUCAUAAGCAAAACUGCGGCAUACCAGUGCAUGUCGACUACAUGAAAUGUGUCUGCAGCGUCAUACGUAUCGAUCCGGACUUCUUGUGGAGCGCGGACUCUUCCGAGGACAUCACAUUGAUGCUGGAUAGCGUUCUUGACUAUAUCGGCCACUCGUUAUUUGUAUUACGAACGCAGGCAGUACGAUGCUUGCAAGAGCUCUUGUCCUUUAAAAACAUCGCAUACACGUGGAAAAAGUGGAUGUUUGUGAAGGUGGAGGAAACGAUACUCAAGUUGCUUAACAUGGACGAAGAUUCGAGCUCGAAUUCACAAAGCUACUUAAAGAUGUGUCAGCAAGAAGACGAGAAGGAAACCAGAAUGGCUACUUCAUUGAUAGCUUUGGCCUCUAUGGUGUGCGCUAGCGGAGUUCUCCAGAGCCGUGCCUUAAACACCAUGCUACAGUUAACGGUGAAUAGAGAAGUGAAGCCGCAAAAAGUGCAGAAAGUCCUUCUGACAGCUACUCAACAAACUAUGUACGACUCACUGAUCGAAAAUAAUCUAAACUACUUGUUAACAUCUUGGCUCGAUGCAAAGUAUUCAUUACAGAAGUUUCCGUGGAUGCUCACAGGAUGUGAGACUUCAGCUGAGUUCUUCAAGAAACACAUCAACCAUAUAGUUCCACUUGUUUUCCGUACUUCGGGUCUCAGCGAAGCUGUGUCUUUUUGUAUCAACGCUGACAUAGCAUUCGCUGACGUUUUCGUGGAUGUUUUUCCGUCCUGUUUCGUUUGGAUGAUAUCUCGCGUGUACAAUCAAACCUCAGUCGAUAGAAUUAUUACCCAGACGCUAAAGAAACUGGAGAAAAAUACGGAUGAAUUUGCGUCGAUAUGCAAUUUCACUCAACUAUUAACCGACCGACUGAAGGACGUUCUCGUGGAGCUGGUGCAACGGUUGCAUGACGAAACACACUUUGAACGUAUGUUCUCAUUGAACGUAGCAUCCUUGCCAGAGAAUGAUCCGCCACAUUUCUCCACGGCUAUGGUGGAUCAGUGCUUCAGCCACCUUGAGCAAAAUUAUCUGAUGAAGCCUUUGACGCGCGUGUUGAUAGAGAAGCAACCAGCAGCGCUGCAGAGAAUAUUGUUGCAGCUGGCAAGCGCCGUACAUUCAGCAUGUUCCAACGAGAGUAGGCUGAAAAGGUUGCAUCAGUACGCAUAUUUCUGCCACAGGUUGAUGCAAGAUCUCCGAGAACCAUAUUUCGACGAUAUGGCCGCAUUCUUGGUCAGGGACGUAUGUUACAGUCUGUUACACUUUACGAGGAUCAACGAGACCUUAUCUGCGAUGUGUUGUAUAUUCCUUGACUUGUUUCUGAGACAAGCAUUGCCAACAAGGGCCAUAGAAGUCCAGGAUGUUCUCAGGUUCAUUAUAGCGAAUCUAAUCGGCCUAGCACAGAAUGCGAGCAGCGCCGAGGUCGCUCUGAAUUUGCUCCAGUUUCUUAUAAUGGAGCAGAAGGAUAUUUUACACGAGUCCAUCGCAAAACUCAGUUCCUUCCCAAAUCUUGAGAUUUUCCGGAAGGUGAGAGAAGCUCACAAAGCUGUCAAGUACGCGGAUGGGGCGGUGUGUCUUGAGGAAGAAUUAGAGCGUUUUCUUGAUGCUAUGAGUGAUGAAAACGCCGAAUGCACGCUGGAAGAUCUCGCGAAUUUGACACAACAGCUGUCGACACGGAAGAAAGAACUGAAAGAACUGCAUCGGAAGCUGGAGAGACCAUAUCCUGAGGAUGGUGUCAAUAUCUUGCACCAAAUAAUAUUUAAACUAAUAAAGUUGACAGAAUCAUCUAAUAUGCGCAUUUCGAUCGAAGCCACGAAGUGUCUCGGCGAAUUCGGCCCUAUGGAUUCCACAGUGGCUUUACGCCCAUCUGAAAGUCUGGUGCGCGAAGUGGACCAUGUGAUAGAAGUUUUGACAUAUCGAUCUGUCACAAUGUUAACGAGCUUUUUAGUGGAGAAUGCAGUAAACUUACGCAAGGUCAGCGCCGAUGCUCUUUAUAUAGUAUUCUCAACCGUCUAUGGUCAAAAACUAUCUGAUCCUAAGUACAUACAAAAUCUGUCGUACAUUCAUGACAAGUACGCUUCUCUAAAAAUAGACUAUAUCCGUCCGUUCAUUCAAGAGAAACGUGCCGUCGCGAAGAAAUCCUUCUCCGUGAACAUUGCGAAAUUUCGAACUAUUAUGAAUCCGAAGAACAUACUGUGGACCAUCAAGAAUAAUGAUAAUUAUGCCGAAUGGAUUGUCAAGAUUACUUGCAGUGUCGCUGAAUGCUUUACGGAUUCUUAUCUGGAGAGUUUCCUGUCAGUCUGUUGGCUUAGCAUCAAAUUCUGUGAGCUUAUCCUGCCAAGGAUCAUCUUCCUCAUUAUCCAACGAUGUGAGAGUUCCAUCGACGCCUUGUGCGACUGUAUUAAUCAGUUUUUUAGGUAUCACUUCGCGAUCGAUCACGAAGCCCAAGGCGCGACGUCGUCGCCGUCGUUCGCUCGUGGCAACUGCGAUCGCAACAUCGUGCGCCGUAUGUUGGACGUGAUGAACUACGUGCGAACGCAAUUGCCGGAUAUGGCUCUGAAGAUCGACUAUAUCUACCUUGCACGCGCGGCGCAUGAAUGCUCCGCAUACUACACGGCAUUGUUGUUCGCGCAGUUAGCUUGCGAAUCAUUUUCCACGGAUUACCCCAACUUCAGCAGCGACCCAAAGAUUGAUUACAUUUAUGAACAUCAGCCGCAAUUCGGUCGAGUGUUGCAGGAUAUUAUGCAGGACACGUAUCUGAAUAUAAGCGACCCCGAUGCGAUUUGUGCCGGUUCGUCAUAUCUAGUCGACCAUAACUCCAGGGUACAGUACUAUGCGCGCACAGACAGCUGGGACAAAGUCAUGCUGGCACAGGACAUUGAGUUGUCUUACGACAAUCCAUUGGCCGCCAGAGAGAUGUCGAAUGCAUUGCAUCGUUCUGGACUGCAAUUUCUUCAGUGGCAAUUUCUGAACAAAGAUCUCGACGAGAAAUACGGUUAUGAAUGCGCCUGGAGGCUCAGCAACUGGGAUCUAGUUGUCAACGACACUGCCAUGAAUUACAAUGAUUCGCCACUACCACGACUGGAGUCCUUGGAGAACUCAUUUCACCAGCAACAUUAUCAUGCCUUGAAAUGCUUCCAUGAGAAUGACCAAAGGGGAAUAGAGAAAGCACUCGAAAACGCUCGUAAAAGUGUCAUAAGUUUCCUCAGAAUCAUCAGUUUAGAAAGCAGUAGAACUGUCAACGAGAAACUAUCCCAGCUGCGUUUAUUGCGCGAGAUUGAGCAGCUGAGUUUGACGGAUUCGCAGAAAUAUCCGGAAGUACUACAACGCUGGGAUGAGCACGAAAUCCCGACCGGUCAAUUCGAAUACAUGGAACCAAUUUUGCAACAGCGUAUUAUCAUGUUUCGAAUCAAGGAAUCUCUGAAAACGGAUAUGAACAUGCAGGAGGCGUUCUUCACGACCUGUCUGAGCUUGGCGAUGGUCGCCAAAAGUCAGGGAAAUUUUCCGGUAGCUGCGAGAGCGCUCGGCACCUUAGCGAAAUACCAAGAUCUGUCUGAAGAUCUCCAAAACCAAUUACUCUUUCAGGAAUCUCUCCUAGCAUGGAUGACGCGCGACCAGAAAAUAGCACGUCGUUUGUUACGUAAUCUGAUCGAGAAGAGGAAUAUGAAUCUUAAUUUAAAGGCGAAAGCUCUUCGGGUUUACGGCGAUUGGAUGGCGGAAACCAAGUCGGAGAACCCGCAGGCAGUGAUACAGAAAUAUUACCUAGAGUCAAUUAAAACUAGCAAGGCUAUCGAUGAACAGACGCCUGAUGUUAUUAAAAACUUGAACGACACACAGGUUGCGCUAGCGCGUUUUGCAGACGCGCAAUAUGAGCAGAUCAGCGAAUACAUGAAGUCUUCGACCUACGAAUCUCUUAAGGAAUACGCUCGCACUGCAAUUAAAGUGGAUACAACACAGAUGACAAAGAACCAAGAUCUCAAGCGCGCUGUGAUGAUCAACCAGAAACAGUCGACAAACGACGCGGCGGAGUUGGAGAGUAUCGAGCAGGAAAAGCGCAACUAUCUGUCGCAGGCGUUAAAGUAUUAUCUUAGGACUCUGCAACGUAGCGAAGAGCAUAAUCUUCUCAUCUUUCGUCUGGUAUCACUAUGGCUAGAUAACAUGUUCGACGAGGAAGUGAACGAAUUCCUAAACGAGCUCGACACUGUGCCAUCCUUCAAAUUUGUUCCGCUAGUGCCGCAAUUAGCCGCUCACAUCAGCAACGAUCUAAAGAGUGGCUUUUCCGCAAAGAUUUUCAACAUUCUCCUGCGUUGUGCUCAGGAACACCCGUAUCAUACACUACCGGUGGUGUUGGCUCUGAAAAACUUACACAGCGAUAGUGAAUUUGACUCGAAUACAGCUGCGAAGAAGGAAGAACGCCGUGUGUUAGGUGCUAAAAAGCUUCUCAAACAAUUGACUGACUCCACUGACUCCACUGUAUCGAAAAUUAUUCACGAAAUGGAGAAUUUGUCGAGGGCCUUGGUGAGUUUGGCAUAUUGGCAACCCAACAAGGGUAAUGCUCACCCUGGAAAGCCCUACCAGAUACCGCGGGACCAGCCGAUAUUCAAGAUUAAGAACUUGAAUAACGUUCUCUUACCUACUCUGAGCUUACUCGUAAAACCAUCCGGUAAUUAUACCAACGUAGUCGGUGUGAAAUCAUAUCACGAGACCUGCGAGUUUGUCGGUGGCGUUACUGCUCCGAAAAAAAUGAUCUGCGUUGGCACCGACGGCAUAAAACGCCGACAGCUAGUUAAGGGCAAAGAUGACCUCAGACAAGACGCAGUGAUGCAACAGGUAUUCACUGUGAUAAAUACGCUGUUGAGAACAUGCAAGGAAACGAAACGGCGAAAUCUGCGGAUUAGAACGUACAAAGUGAUACCUCUAACGCAAAGAUCCGGCGUAUUGGAAUGGUGCGACAAUACAGUACCGAUCACGACGACCUUAGUAGGCAGUAUAAACAUGCCCGGCUUGCACAAGAAGUAUUAUCCGCACGACAUGACCGCGGAAACGGCGAGGAACAAAUUGAAAAACGUUGCACAAGAAUCGAACGAGAUAAAGUUGAAAGUAUUCCUCGAUUGCUGCAAACGUAUGAGACCAGCGUUCCAGCAUUUUUUCGAAGAGAAAUAUCUGUCACCUAAGACAUGGGUUGAGAGAACCCUCACGUAUACACGCAGCGUCGCCACUACAUCCAUCGCAGGCUAUAUUUUGGGUUUGGGGGAUAGACACUUGAGUAAUAUUCUUAUCGACGAACAGACCGCCGAAGUAGUGCAUAUUGACUUCGGUGUAGCCUUUGAGCAGGGCAAAGUCUUGCCUAUUCCGGAAACUAUUCCUUUCAGACUGACUAGAGAUAUCGAGGUUGCCAUGGGCGCAUCCGGCAUUGAGGGUACUAUGAGACGCAGUUGCGAGGUGACCAUGACGAUGUUGCGCGAUCAAAGACAAAUUAUCAUCACUCUUCUGCAAGUUCUACUUUACGACCCGUUGUUCACAUGGGCCAUCACGCCGGAGAAAGCUUGCAAGAUGCAGAGUGAUGUCGUCAAAGGUUUCUCUGAGCGCGGACGUGCGCCCGUGGAGACUAAUAAAAUCGCCAAAAGAGCUCUUUUGAGAAUUGAGCAGAAGUUACAGGGGACGGAGGACGGUUUAGUGUCCAGUGUCUCAGGACAGGUGGAAAGGCUUCUGCAAGAAGCGCGGGAUCCUGCAAAUUUGUGUCGUCUUUAUUGCGGUUGGCAACCAUAUUUGUAAAUAUUCUGUGUAUUUUUAUUUUGUAUCAUUUAUUUGUAUCAUGUAUGUAGUUUAAUUUAUA